AUGCCUCUCUUAAGAAUUGCAGUAGGAAAUGACUCCUUAGUGACUGAAUUCCUUCUUGCUGGAUUAACAGACCGCCCUGAGCUCCAGCAACCUCUCUUCUUCCUGUUUCUGAUGAUCUACAUCGUCACCAUGGUGGGCAACCUUGGCUUGAUCAUCCUCAUCGGUCUCAAUUCUCACCUCCACACCCCCAUGUACUAUUUCCUCUUCAAUCUAUCCUUCAUUGAUCUCUGUUACUCUUCUGUUUUUACCCCCAAGAUGCUGAUGAACUUUGUAUCAAAGGACAAUAUCAUCUCCUAUGUUGGGUGCAUGACUCAACUGUUCUUCUUUCUCUUUUUUGUCAUCUCAGAAUGCUACAUGUUGACCUCAAUGGCCUAUGACCGCUAUGUGGCCAUCUGUAAUCCAUUGUUGUAUAAGGUCACCAUGUCCCAUCAGGUCUGUUCCUUGCUAACUGUUGCUGCAUAUAUGAUGGGAUUUGCCAGAGCCUCUGCCCACACGGGGUGCAUGCUUAGACUAACGUUCUGCAAUGUCAAUAUCAUCAACCAUUACCUGUGUGACAUCCUUCCUCUCCUCCAACUCUCUUGCACCAGCACCUAUGUCAAUGAGGUAGUAGUUCUGAUAGUCGUGGGAAUUAAUAUCACAGUACCCAGUUUUACCAUCCUGAUUUCUUACGUCUUCAUCCUCACUAGCAUUCUUCAUAUCAAAUCUGCUCAAGGAAGAUCAAAAGCCUUCAGUACUUGUAGCUCUCACGUCAUUGCUCUGUGUCUUUUUUUUGGAUCAGCAGCAUUCAUGUAUCUUAAAUAUUCUUCUCCUGGAUCUAUGGAGCAGGGAAAAAUUUCUUCAGUGUUCUAUACUAAUGUGGGACCCAUGCUCAAUCCCCUGAUCUACAGUUUGAGGAAUAAGGAUGUCAAAAUUGCACUGCGGAAAGCUCUGAUUAGAAUAUGGAAGAGAAACAUUAGAUUCUAG